CAUUUUCCCGAACCCUGUAGUGGCAUAAUUGCUGAGAAAUAAGUCUGGCUAAGUGGCUAUUGAACCACAUGGCUGCGUAGACAGUUUAAAAAGAUAAUGGGAUACAUAUAAUCUAAAUGUGUACAACUGUCCAAACGUCAAGUGACGUCAUGGCCAAUUCCUUGGAUUUGUGAGCGAGUCGAAGGUUGCUGCAGGAAGGGGAGAUCGGAGGUUGGAUCUACACCCGGCAGUCUAUUGGGGAAACUUCCACUUUUAUAAACAAGUAUCGGGCUGCACUGGUUGAAGAGGAUACGAGGUAGUGUCAUGGAGGAUGGGAAGCCGGUGUGGGCGCCCCACCCAGGAGAUGGGUUCCAGCUGGGGACCAUAGUGGACAUAGGAGCAGACAGCUUGACCAUUGAGCCGCUGAAACAGGGGAACAAGAGCUUUACGGCCCAGAUCAACCAAGUGUUUCCGGCUGAGGAUGAUGUCAACAAACAUGUGGAAGACAACUGUUCUUUAAUGUACUUGAAUGAAGCCACUCUCUUGAACAACGUCCGUGUGCGGUAUAGUAAAGACAGAAUUUAUACGUUUGUAGCUAAUAUCCUGAUAGCAGUGAACCCCUACUAUGACAUCCCAAAGCUCUAUAUUCCAGAGACCAUUAAACAGUACCAUGGGAGGUCCCUGGGCACCCUUCCGCCCCACGUCUACGCUAUUGCUGACAAGGCCUACAGGGACAUGAGGGUGCUGAAGAUAAGCCAGUCCAUCAUCGUGUCCGGGGAGUCUGGUGCCGGGAAGACUGAAAACACCAAGUUUGUCCUCCGAUACUUGACAACAUCCUAUGGAACUGGUCAAGAUAUUGAUGAGAGAAUAGUUGAAGCCAAUCCCCUGCUAGAAGCUUUUGGAAACGCUAAAACUGUCAGGAAUAACAACAGUAGUCGCUUUGGGAAGUUUGUAGAGAUCCACUUCAACGAAAAGAAUACUGUGGUGGGAGGCUUCGUGUCCCACUACCUGCUGGAGAAAUCCAGGAUCUGCCAGCAGAGCCAGGAGGAGAGGAACUACCACAUCUUCUACCGGCUGUGUGCUGGAGCCUCCGAGGAUAUCAGGACCAAGUUCCACCUGGAAUCACCAGACGCCUUCAGGUAUUUGAACAGAGGAUGCACUCGCUUCUUUGCAAACAAGGACACGGACAAACAGAUCCUCCAGAACCGCAAGAGUCCAGAGCACCUGAAGGCUGGACCCCUGAAGGACCCUCUGCUGGACGACCAGGGGGACUUCAACAGGAUGUGCGGGGCCAUGAAGAAGAUCGGCCUGGAUGAUAUGGAGAAGCUGGACCUGUUCAGGGUGGUGGCCGGGGUGCUGCACUUGGGCAACAUCGACUUUGAGGAGGCAGGCAGCACAUCAGGUGGCUGCACCAUAAAGAACCAGUCAAGCCAGACGGUGGAGUACUGUGCUGAGCUGCUGGGUCUGGGAGAGCAGGACCUGAGUGUCAGCCUCACGUCCAGGGUCAUGCUCACCACAGCAGGGGGCGCCAAAGGAACAGUUAUCAAAGUGCCACUGAAAGUGGAGCAGGCAAACAACGCACGGGACGCCCUGGCCAAGGCUGUGUACAGCCGGCUGUUUGACCACGUGGUCACCAGGGUCAACCAGUGUUUCCCCUUCCACUCCUCUGCCAACUUCAUCGGGGUUCUGGAUAUCGCAGGCUUCGAGUACUUUGAGCACAACAGCUUUGAGCAGUUCUGCAUCAACUACUGUAACGAGAAGCUGCAGCAGUUCUUCAACGAACGCAUCCUGAAAGAGGAACAAGAGCUGUAUCAGAAGGAGGGCCUUGGAGUGAACGAGGUCCGGUAUGUUGACAAUCAGGACUGCAUAGACCUCGUGGAGGCCAAGCUGGUGGGCAUCCUGGACAUCCUGGAUGAAGAGAACCGUCUACCUCAGCCCAGCGACCAGCACUUUGCAGAGACUGUACACAGCAAGCACAAGAACCACUUCCGACUGACCGUGCCACGGAAAUCAAAGCUGCAAGUUCACAGGAAUGUGAGGGAUGACGAGGGAUUCAUCGUCAGACACUUUGCAGGAGCGGUGUGCUAUGAGACGACCAAGUUUGUGGAGAAGAACAAUGAUGCACUGCACAUGUCCCUGGAGUGCCUGGUGAGUGAGUCUAAGGACCGGUUUAUCCGGGAGCUCUUUGAGAACUCCAACAACACCAAGGACUCGAAACAGAAGGCCGGCAAGCUCAGCUUCAUCAGCGUCGGCAACAAAUUCAAAACCCAGCUGAACAUUCUACUGGAGAAGCUUCGCAGCACGGGCUCCAGUUUCAUCCGUUGUAUCAAGCCCAAUCUGAAGAUGGUCAGCCACCAGUUUGAAGGGGCCCAGAUCCUCUCUCAGUUGCAGUGCUCAGGAAUGGUGUCCGUGCUGGACCUGAUGCAGGGAGGCUUCCCCUCCAGAGCGCCAUUCCAUGAGCUCUACAACAUGUACAAGCAGUACAUGCCUGCCAAGCUGACUCGCCUGGACCCAAGACUCUUCUGCAAGGCUUUAUUCAAAGCGCUGGGACUCAACGAGAAUGAUUACAAGUUUGGGCUGACCAGAGUGUUCUUCAGACCUGGGAAGUUUAAGGAGUUUGAUCAGAUCAUGAAGUCGGACCCAGACCACCUGGCGGAGCUGGUGAAGAAGGUCAACCAGUGGCUCAUCUGCAGCCGCUGGAAGAAGGUCCAGUGGUGUUCCCUCUCUGUCAUCAAACUGAGGAAUAAGAUACUGUACCGUGCCAGUGCCUGCAUCAAGAUGCAGAAGACGGUGCGCAUGUGGCUGUGCAGGAGGAAGCACAAGCCGCGGAUCGAUGGGCUGGUGAAGGUGCGUAACCUGAAGAACAGGAUGGAUAAGUUCAACGAGGUGAUCGCCGGCCUGAAGGAGGGGAAGCAGGAGAUGAGCAUGCAGAUUCAGGGGCUGGACGAUGCCAUCAACACAACCAUGCUCAAAAUCAAGACCACAGCAAUGACCCGCAUUGACAUGGACCAUGAGUACCAGGCCCUGGUCACCAGGUCAGAGGAGCUGCUGUCGGCCAUGCAGAACAAGAAGAAAGAGGAGGAGGAGAAGGAGCGACUGAAGAAGAUCCAGGAGGAGAUGGCGAGAGAGAAGAAGAGGAGGGAGGAGGAGGAGCAGCGCCGCAAGCAGGACAAAGAGGACAGGCGUCUGAAAGCGGAGAUGGAGCUGAAGCGGAAACACGAAGAAGAGGAGCGGAAACAAAGAGAGGAAGAGGAGAGAAAGCUUCAGUCAGAGAUGGAUGUUCAGCUGGAGGCUGAGCGGGAGGAGGCGGCGGCGCGUCAGAACAUCCUGGAGCAGGAGAGGCGCGACAGGGAGCUGGCCAUGAGGAUCGCCCAGAGCGAGGCUGAACUCAUCCCAGAGGACACCCAGAAUGACGCAGGCCUGCGCAGUAACGGCACCUCAGGUGGUCCAUCCUCCCCAGAGAGAGCUACGGGAGCUGGUGGAUCUCAAAAGCUCAAGAGCAUGUCCAUGGAGGAAAUGGCCAAGGAAAUGUCUGAGCUUCUGUCUAGAGGCCCACAGGUUCAGGCUACCAAAGCUGCUGCUGCUGGCACCAAGAAGUACGAGCUCAGCAAGUGGAAAUACGCCGAGCUGAGGGACGCCAUCAACACAUCCUGUGACAUUGAGUUGCUGGCUGCCUGCCGAGAGGAGUUCCACCGCCGGCUGAAGGUCUACCACGCCUGGAAGUCAAAGAACAAGAAGCGUGGCAACAACCCCAGCAUCACAGAGCAGAGGGCCCCCAAAUCAGUCACCGACUAUGAUCUCGCACCUCGUGUGAGACAAGCACCCCAGGCGAACUCAGCCCCGCCCAUCCCAGCCAGGCAACAUGAGGUGGCCAUGAACAGGCAGCAGCGCUACUUCCGCAUCCCCUUCAUCCGGCCCGGGGACCAGUACAAGGACCCCCAGAACAAAAAGAAGGGCUGGUGGUACGCCCACUUUGACGGGCCCUGGAUUGCCAGGCAGAUGGAGCUGCACCCGGACAAGCAGCCCAUCCUGCUGGUGGCAGGGAAAGACGACAUGGAGAUGUGUGAGCUGAGCCUGGAGGAAACAGGCUUGACGAGGAAGAGGGGAGCUGAGAUCCUGCCCCGGCAGUUUGAGGAGAUCUGGGAGCGCUGCGGGGGCAUCCAGUACCUCCGGAGAGCCAUCGAGAAACGACAGGCCCGCCCCACCUACGCCACAGCCAUGCUGCAGACCCUCCUCAAGUAAGGGUGUAGGGUGAAUUUGCCCCUAGUCGCUGAUCAUGGGUCAGUUUAGCAUUUUCCCCACCUAAAGGUUAAGGUUAGGAUUGGGGGAGGGGAAGCUGAUCCUUGAUCUGUACUCUGGGAAACUUCACCCUGGAGCUAAAGCACCCUGUCUUAAACCACGAGCCUUUCUCUCACUACAGCAAAGGGAAGAAUGCACUAAGCUACUGUACCUAACACAGUGGGUAUUCAAGCCUACUGUACCAUGUUUUGACUGGGGGCAAGUCAUAAGUUAACCACUUUUUGUUAAUUGUCUUUUUUCUUUUGUUCAUGUUGUUGGUCUUAGCUGCUUUCAAUUGUCUUGAUGUAUUAUUUCUUGGUGGGUGCGGGGGAAUUUGUCUUGAUGUAUUAUUUCUUGGUGGGUGCGGGGGAAUUUGUCUUGAUGUAUUAUUUCUUGGUGGGUGCGGGGGAAUUUGUCUUGAUGUAUUAUUUCUUGGUGGGUGCGGGGGAAUUUGCAGUGAACCUAUGCAGAGGAAUCAGACAGUGACUAAUUAUUACAUCUAGUUUUGUUUCUCGAGCAAAUGUGGAUGUUUUCCUUUUAAUAUUCCUACUACUUUAACUACGAGGCCUUUUUAAAACUACUUUAACAGGGUAAUUUGCUGAAAGGUAGGAAGUGUUUCAAAGCUGCCUCCAAAUAAGUUUUAAGAGUAUUAAAUUGUUGAUGUUUAAUAUUAUGUCUUUGUGAUUUAAACUGAAGUCAACAUUUUGUCUCUGCAGUCUUAACAGCUUGUUGAUCAUUUCACUCAAACCGAUACUAGCUUUUUAUUUUCAUGUAGUUAUUAUAGGACAAUACUUGCACAAGAGAGGGGUAGAAAUUGGGGUAGGUUGGGGUAGAAAUGGGCUAGGUUGCACCUCUCUGUUUUCUCAUGUGAGGCAGUUAUACUUGAGCGUCAGGUUCUUCUCUAAGGAUAUUUUUGUAGUAACUGCACAUAAAUUCACAUUAAUUUCUAAUUAUAAUAUUUGAUAAUACUGUAAUACGUUUUUUUUUACCUCUGGCUUUCAGACUGAAUGUAAUAUGGGUUUGUUGAUUUGUUCCUUCAGUCCUUACUGUUUGGUUAGGAGCUGUUUGUUUUAUUCUUCAUAUGUGUGAUUUAGGUUUGCUAAUGAAAGGUAAAGAAAUAUUUCCUUUACACAUUCCCCAACCAUUCAUUUCUAAAGCCACAUGGUUGAAAUUGAAAUGUAUUUUUUCAUGUUCUCCACUUGAAACAAUGUCUAUUCCAAAUAUUUAAACAAAAAUAAAAAAUAAUGUAUAGAUCAAACUUAAUUAUGAGAAGUGAAUAAUACAAAUCUUGAGAUACUCUACGAUAUCAAAUCAUACUGUCGGACCAAAUGUGUGUAUGGGACAAAAACUGAAUAGUGAAAUCGUGUUGAUGUCUUCUUGACCCCAACUUCAUUCAAGCUCAUAUACAAUAUAGUCAGCUAUCCUUCCCUCUGCUAGAUAUUCCAAUAGACAAAUACAUACAGAAUGUUCUACGUGUAUGAUAGAGAGUCUAAUGUUUCUACACAGGAAUGUACACAUUUAUUUUCUAAAUAAAUAUUUCUACUCUAAGAUACUCUAAAGCAUGUGUCAAACUCAUUCAACAGAGGGCCAUGUGUCUGCGGGUUUUUACUCCACCCUCUUAUUUUAUUAAUGAAUUAAGGUCACUAAUUAGUAAGGACCUCCCUUCACCUAGUUGUCUACUGUAGGUCUUAAUUGAAAGGAAAAAACAAAAACCUGCAGACACUUAGCCCUCCAUGGAAUGAGUUUAACACCCCUGCUAUAAAGGGUUUGGUCACAUGACACAUGUUUCUUAAAAAAUAAACAAAUGAUGAAGCAAUAAUUUACACACGCAACACUACAAGGAGGACAGACAGACUCAAACACACAGUACAUGACAAUCUUGUGAGACUAGAACUACUCUCUUCAGGUAAGGCUGUUAGUCUUCUCAUUCCCUUGGAUGCUCUGCACAAGCGAAAGGCGAUGUCGUGGUUGUUUGAAAUCUAUCCACUCAUGCGCAUGUCUUCAGUUUAGACCGAAGUAUGUAUUUCUAACUUAAACAGCAGAGUUUACUACUGUACUGUGGGGUCUCCUUUAAUAUCGCUUAUAAUGUACAACAAAUGACUGGCUUCCAUAUGCUCUAUCUCACAACACGCAUAGCAAUCAUUCCUCAGAUACUGCCUUUUCCAAUGCUGAUCUCUAACUGAAAUAAACGCAUUUCAUGCUCCACUCAA